CGCAUCCAUCAGAUUCAUCUCAUCCACCAACUGCGUGACCGUGUCUGUCCCCCAUGGGCAUGCAGCGAGUCACCUUAGUCUGCGAGUCGCCCGCCCUCCCCUCUGUCGACAAACACCACCCAGCCCACACACUCACAUAUACACACACACAGAUACCAUGAAUGUGAGUCCGUCUCUCGCCCCUCCCACUGAUCCAUCCAUCCAUCGCCAUACGCCCAACACACAAGCAGCAUGCAGCAUGGCGUAUGUCAUAGUGCGAUAGGUCGGGGCCAGCCGCCGCCACCUCAAGAUGGUGACAGCCAGCACUACAAAAGUAAAGGGACACGCUCCACACACAUAGUGGGGGACAUGCAGCAGACAGACAGACAGACACACAAGUAGGCACAGACACAGACAAGGCACUCACUCAACGGUAACCGUGCCAUGUCGAGAAAAUUGGGUCUCUUGUGCUGCGAAAAUCCCUUGUCUGUCUGUCUGCUUGAGUGUGUUGGUGUUACGUCCCCAUUCCCCCACCGGCAGCACAGCAUAGCACGGCUCACAAAGAGAGCCGCCACAUGCUUUGCUCACACACACUCACGCGACGUAUACACACGACACAGGACUGGCAGGCAGUGAGGCCGCCCGCUUGUGCGUGUGAAUGAGUGACGCUCGACAAACCACCACCAGCCCAGGCAUGCAGCCAGCCAUAUACCCAAACAGAUGGCGAGAGAGAGAGAGAGAGAGAGAGAGAAGGGAAAAGGAGAGAGAGAAGAAGCCGAAGUCGCGCGCAGUGGGUGGGAUGAGCCGGGCAGCGACUCCAGCAGCUACUCAUACACACAGACGGGCAGCCAUCACUUUCUCAGACGAACAUGCCAGACAGCCACCAGCCAGCGACAUGGAAUAGUGGUCGUCUACCACCAUGCCAUGUUCAUGACGAUUUCCGCGAGACAAGGCCGUCGAGAUGGAGCACUUACGCACACGAUUAGAAAAAACACAACCAGUCCUUGCCCCUACCCCAUCUGUGUGUUCUAUGGCUUGUGAAAGGUAGGUCACUGGAUGGUGAUUUGCUUCUUGACGGGCUGGACGGGCUCCUUCUGUGGGCAUGUCACCUUGAGGACGCCGUUGUCGUACUGGGCGGUGAUGGCGGCCUCGUUGGUGUUGGGCAGACGCAGGCAGCGGUGGAACUUGCCCACUUGACGCUCCUAAGACGCACAGACACACAGGCAGACAGAGGGAGGUGUGGUGUGUACCCAUCGAUGGCCAUGUGUGUGAUGUACCUGGUAGAGCCAGCCCUCGCCCUCCUUUUUGUCUUCCUUCUUGCUCUCGCCAGAAAUGCUCAGCAAACCGUCCUGGAAAUCCAACUGAACACAUCACAACACAACACAAGACACACACACACACACAAGGGUGAGGUGAGAGGCCAUGGAUGCCCCCCUCCCUCCCCCUCCCUCCCUCUCUCUGUCGAUCCACAUGCCCACGUCACGUACCUUGAUGUCUUCCUUGGUCAUCCCGGGCAGCUCAGCGGCCACAAUGACAUUGUUGUUGUCGUCGUGCGAUAUGUCCAUCCGCGGCGCCCAGGUCAGCAGCGACGAGAUGCUGCUGGGCGGCCGCUCCUCGCUCACGUGCUGCGCUAUCUGCCCGGUGGCGCCCUCCUGCUCGGCCGGUGUGGUGUCGGUGAGCAUCACGCCCACGCCGGCAGGGCGUCCGCUGAGGCGGCCGACGUCGUUGAAGAGGGAGUCCAUCUGGCGCUGCAUCUGACGCAGCUCACGGCCCAGCGAACGGAAAUCGGCACCUGCAGCCAUCAAACAACACGGAGAGAGAGAGAGGGCACGGCACAUACAGCACACAGGUGAGCAGGCAGACAGACGACGUGAUGUGCCCUGCAUGUGUGUGUGUGUGCGUUACCGAAUGGGUCGUAGCGGAACAUCUUGGCUACUCGCGGCAGUGGUGAGAACUUCGGCUCGACAGGCGCAAAGGGCAAACCGACGAGGAGACGACUUGACAGGCAGAUCGAAGACAGACGGAUGGAUGAGUGGAUGAACAGAUCAGCGUGUCCUCAGACGGCAGGACGGCCUGGGCAGGACGGCUUGGG